AUGGAGAUGGUUAGACAGGCUUCCGGAUCAAAACGGAAACAUACAACGCUUUCACUGGUCGACAAACUGAAGAUUGCCGAAGAAGCGGAAGCUGGAGUAACGUCCCGUAAGCAGAUCGCUAAAAAAUGGGGUGUUGGGGAAUCCUCGGUGGGCAGAUUUCUUCAGAAUAAGGCGGCGAUACAACUGGCAGUAGAGAAGCAUAGAGAACACGGGCUAAAGCAUCGGAAAACGCUAAAGGAGCAGCAUUAUCCGCUGAUGGAGGAAGCACUUUUUAUUUGGAUAUUGCAGCAGCGGGAAGCCAACAUCAUUGUUCCGGCGGAUAUUUUGCGGGCCAAAGGAGAGUCUCUAUUCAGAGAGUUCCAAAAGCAUGGAUGCUACUGCGAUCAAUCAUUUCUUGCUUCAAAAGGUUGGGCUCAACGGUUCAAAGAACGCCAAGGUCUGCGAAUGGGGGAUGAGAAAGCAGCUUCGGGGCGGAAGCUUAACAAAACACGGUAUACCUUGAUGCCAUGUUCUAACUAUGAUGGCUCUCUUAAACUAAAACUGAUGUUUAUUGGGACAUCGGAAAACCCACGAGAUCUCCCCCGCGGAGCCGACAAAGGUUUACCGGUUUCGUACUAUUUCUCAAAAAAAGCGUGGAUGACACGCGUUCUAUUUCGGAAGUGGUUCGAAGAUGAAUCUGUGCCAAUUGUGCGAAAAUUUUGUAGCGAGAGGAAUAUGGAGCCGAAGGCUCUACUGGUGCUUGACAACUGUUCGGCGCACCAUGACGCAGCCGAUAAGCUGGUUGGAACGCAUACCGAUGAAGAUGAUGUGAAUCGCUGGCUCAACGACAAAGUGGUGGAUUCUGAUGGUAACUUGUUAAGCGGAACCAGACAGGUAUCGGAAAUGCAGGUUUCGGAAAUGCAGCGUAUGAAGCAGAGUGGCUGGAUGAUACCGACGAAAAUGUUUCUGGUGGUUCAUUGA